AUGGAGAAAAUAGUAUGGAGUGGGAGGGCAAUUGAGAAAAGUAAACUUGCUGAAGGGGAUAAGAGUGAUGGUAAAGCUGCAGAAACGGUGGAGAGGGAUGAUAAAGUUGCUACUCAAGUCGAGAGCUAUUUGGUGAAAAAACAGAAGAUGGGAGGUGAAAAUCUGGAGUUGAUCCCGAUACAGCAAAGAGAUAAGACGGAGGGGAAGCGGAGGAUUGAGAGUGCAAAUGAUGAUAACACAACUAAACGGCUACGGUUUGAUACAGCGGACCGUGACGACGAACUGAGUGAGCUGCCGCCGAAGAGCCCGAUGAAGAAGUUUCACAGGAAGCUCCGUACUGCUAUGUUGGAUGAGAGUCAGUACUGGAUGGCGGUUGAUAGAUUUUCGCAUUUGACUUGA